GAAGCGGUUUCUGCACAGCCUGGGCAGGGUCUGGUGACCUUUGAGGAGGUGGCCGUGCAUUUCUCGGAGGAGGAGUGGGCUCUGCUGGAUCCAGGCCAAAGGACUCUGCACAAAGAAGUCAUGGAAGAGAAUUGUGGGAUCUUGGCCUCUCUGGGUGAUCACAGGGAGAGCAAGAAAAAUGGCCUACACAAGAAAAGGAAAACUGAAACUGAAGAGAAGAGGGAAAAUGAAUCCAUUUUUUUUGAAGGAUCAGACGUCUGUGAAACUCCAAUACUAGAAGCACCAAGUAAAAAGAACAUUCGUAAAAGCAAGAAACAGAGUAAAACUAAGAAGAUUCAUUCUAACAAAUAUCAAAGGUUUCAAUGCUUAGUGUGUGAAAAACAAUUCAUUUUCAACACACAACUUAACUUGCAUAAAAGAAUUCACACUGGGGAGAAGCCCUAUAAAUGCUUAGAAUGCGGGAAGACCUUUGCUCAGAGCACACACCUUAAGCUGCAUCAACGAAUUCACACUGGGGAGAAGCCUUAUAAAUGCUUAGAAUGCGGGAAGACCUUUGCUGACAGCGCAAGACUUAAGCUGCAUCAAAGAAUUCACACUGGGGAGAAGCCCUAUAAAUGCUUAGAGUGCGGGAAGACCUUUGCUCAGAGCACACACCUUAAGCUGCAUCAAAGAAUUCACACUGGGGAGAAGCCCUAUAAAUGCUUAGAAUGCGGGAAGACCUUUGCUCAGAGCACACACCUUAAGCUGCAUCAAAGAAUUCACACUGGGGAGAAGCCCUAUAAAUGCUUAGAGUGCGGGAAGAGCUUUUCUUACAGCACAAGCCUUAAGGGACAUCAAAGAAUUCACACUGGGGAGAAGCCCUAUAAAUGCUUAGACCGCGGGAAGACCUUUGCUCAGAGCACACACCUUAAGCAGCAUCAAGGAAUUCACACUGGGGAGAAGCCCUAUAAAUGCGUAGAAUGCGGGAAGAGCUUUGCUCACAGCACAAGCCUUAAGCGGCAUCAGGGAAUUCACACUGGGAAGAAGCCCUAUAAAUGCUUAGAAUGCGGGAAGAGCUUUGCUCAGAGUACACACCUUAAGCACCAUGGAGGAAUUCACACUGGGAAGAAGCCCUAUAAAUGCUUAGAAUGUGGGAAGAGCUUUUCUUACAGCACAAGCCUUAAGCGACAUCAAAGAAUUCACACUGGGGAGAAGCCCUAUAAAUGCUUAGAGUGCGGGAAGACCUUUACUCAGAGCACACACCUUAAGCAGCAUCAAGGAAUUCACACUGGGGAGAAGCCCUAUAAAUGCGUAGAAUGUGGGAAGAGCUUUCUUCACAGCACAAGCCUUAAGGGGCAUCAGCGAAUUCACACUGGGGAGAAGCCCUAUAAAUGCUUAGAUUGUGGAGAAAGCUUUGCUCGGAAUGCAAGCCUUAAGCGGCAUCAGCGAAUUCACACUGAGGAGAAGCUCUAUAAAUGCUUAGAAUGCGGGAAGAGCUUUGUUCUGAGCACACACCUUAAGCUGCAUCAAAGAAUUCACACUGGGGAGAAGCCGUAUAAAUGCUUUGAGUGCGGGAAGAGCUUUGCUCUGAGCACAUGCCUUAAUCUGCAUCAAAGAAUUCACACUGGGGAGAAGCCCUAUAAAUGCUUAGAUUGUGGAGAAAGCUUUGCUCAGAAUGCAAGCCUGAAGCGGCAUCAACGAAUUCACACUGGGGAGAAGCCCUAUAAAUGCUUAGAAUGUGGGAAAAACUUUGCUCAAAGCACAAGCCUUAAGCUGCAUCAACGAAUUCACAAUGGGGAGAAGCCCUAUAAAUGCUUAGAAUGCGGGAAGAGCUAUGCUCACAGCACCAGCCUUAAGCUGCAUCAAAGAAUUCACACUGGGGAGAAGCCCUAUAAAUGCUGAGAGUACAGGAGGACCUUUGCUUGGAGCACACACCUUAAGCAGCAUCAAGAAAUUCACACUGAGGAGAAGCCCUAUAAAUGCUUAGAGUGCGGGAAGAGCUUUGCUCGGAGCACCCAGCUUAAGCUGCAUCAAAGAAUUCACAGUGGGAAGAAGCCCUGUAAAUGGUUAGAGUGCAGGGAGAACUUUGCUCAGGGUAAACAUCUUAAGCAGCAUCAAAGAAUUCACACUGGGGAGGUGCCCUAUAAAUGCUUAGAGUUAGGAAAGAGCUUAGCUUGCAGUACAAGCCUUAAGUGCCAUCAAAGAAUUCACACUGGGGAGAAGCCCUAUAAAUGCUUAGUAUUCUUUUCAUUAGAAUCAUAUAAUAGUACAGUUGGAAAUGGCCUAUGAGGCCAUCGAGUCCAACCCCCCUGCUCAAUGCAGGAAUCCACCCUAAAACAUACCUGACAAAUGGUUGUCCAGCUGCCUCUUGAAGGCCUAUGGUGUGCAACAGUCCAGAACCUUCCAAGGUAACUGGUUUCAUUGUCGUACUGCUCUAACAGGAAGUUUUUCCUGAUGUCCAGCCAGAAUCUGCCUUCCUGUAACUUGAGCCCAUUAUUCUGUGUCCUGCAUGCUGGAAUGAUCGUGAAGAGAUCCUGGCACUCCUCUGUGUGACAACCUUUCAAGUCAUUGAAGAGUGCUAUCAUAUCUUCUUCCAAUCAUCUUCUCCAGGCUAAACAUGCCCUGUUCUUUCAGUCUCUCCUCAUAGGGCCUUGUUUCCAGGCCCCUGGUCAUCCUUUGAACAUGCUCCAGCUUGUCUGCAUCCUUCUUGAAGUGUGGUGCACAGAACUGGGUGAAAUACUCAAGAUGUGGCCUAGCCAGGACUGCAUAGAGGGGAACCAGUAUCUCAUGUGAUUUGGAAGCUAUACUUCUUUUAAAACAGCCCAAAAUAGUAUUUGCUUUGUUUGCAACCACAUCACACUGUUGGCUCAUAUUCAGCUUGUGAUCUAGAACAAUUCCAAGGUUCUUUUUGUUUGUAGUAUUGGUGAGUCACGUAUCCCCCCUCUUGUAAAUGUGCAUUUGGUUUCCUUUUCCUAGGUGUAGAACUUGGCAUUUAUCCCUAUUAAAUUUCAUUUUGUUGUUUUCAGCCCAGCACUCCAGCUCAUCAAGAUCUCUUUGAAGUUUUUUUCUGUAUUCCAGGGUGUUAUCUAUCCCACCCAAUUUGGUGUCAUCUGCAAACUUGAUGAGCGUUCCCGGCACGUCCUUCAACAUUUAAUAAAAAUGUUGAAGAGCACUGGGCCCAGGACUGAGCCCUGCGGUACCCCACUCCUUACCUCCCCCCAGAUUGAGAAGGUAUCGUUGAUCAGCAAUCUUUGAGUCUGAUUCUGUAGCCAACUCUGUAUCCACCUAAUAGUCCAUCUAGUCCACUUUUAGCUCUUUUGUUUAUCGGAAUAUCAUGGGGCACUUUGUCAAAAGCUUUGCUGAAGUCAAGAUAUAUGACGUCCACAGUGUUCCCACAGUCCAUAAGGGAGGUUACCCAAUCAAACAAUGAGAUCAGGUUAGUCUUACAGGAUUUGUUCUUGACAAAUCCCUGUUGGCUUCUAGUAAUCAUUGCAUUGUUUUCAAGGUGCUUCCAGAUUGACUUCUUUAGAAUCUUCUCCAGAAUUUUCCCAGGGAUGGAUGUCAGACUGACUGGUCUGUCUUUUCCCAGGUUCCUCCUUUUUGCCCUGUUUGAAGAAGGGACAACAUUAGCCCUCCUCCAGACAUAUGGCACCUCACCCGUCUUGCAUGAUUUUGCAAAGAUAAUAGACAAAGGCUCUGAGAGUUCUUCUGCUAGCUCCUUCAUUACUCUAGGAUGAAGUUCAUCAGGCUCUGGAGAUUUGAAUUCUCUCUGUAUUUUAGCACUUAAUUUUAACUUAAAUGCAAAUUUUACUGUUCUAACUCUGCAUUUUAAUUUUGUUGCGUGGUUUUAUCCUGGUUGUGCUUUUUAUACUGUAUUUUGUAA